AUGGCGAAACAUUCCGAAAGUACAAUAGACUUAUCACCAGCCGAAGAGCUUUUGCGGAAGCUUCUGCUGGAUUGCCGGGAUCACAUCGUGCACAACAGCCAUGACGCCAUCAAUCUCGAGAUAUGGUUCACUGGGGGCUGGGUUCGGGACAGACUACUCGGCGGCGAAAGCCAGGAUAUCGAUGUGGCUCUUAGCUCCAUGACUGGGACUCAGUUUGGGGAAGCCCUCGAAGACCAUUUUGCUCGCUCGGCCGCAGAGUACAUCGCCGAAGCCCAGAGGCUUGGUGUACCCCCAACCAUCAAAGGGCUGCACAAAAUCAACAGCAAUCCAGAGAAGUCGAAGCACCUAGAGACAGGAACUAUCGAAAUAUUUGGGUUGUCGGUUGACUUUGUCAACCUGAGAAAAGAAGUCUAUACAGACCAGAGCCGGAAUCCUCAAGUCGAAUUCGGUACUGCGGUAGAAGAUGCUUAUCGCCGUGAUGCUACAAUCAACUCCAUCUUUUACAACCUAACCAGAAGACAAGUCGAAGAUCACACCCAGAUGGGGCUAUCAGACUUGGCAGCCGGCAUCAUUAGGACACCACUCCAGCCUACUCAGACCUUCAUGGAUGACCCUCUUCGGAUCCUAAGGUUGGUCAGAUUUGCCAGCUGGCUUGGCUUCCAAAUUGAUCAAGAAACGGCACAAGCGAUGAAAGACCCACUCGUUCACACGGCUUUCAAUGUGAAAAUCACUCGCGAGCGAGUGGGGAUUGAAAUUGAGAUAAUGAUCAAGGGCCCAGAUCCGUUGACCGCCUUUGAGUUUCUCUAUGAAUGCGAUCUAUAUUCCACAGUCUUCCUAGAUCCGCCAGGUUAUCUAGGACAAAGGCUGCUACAUGCUUUUCCUCACAGUGAACAUAACAUCCCAUGGCCGAAUUCGUGGCCCCUCGCAUUCAGGAAUCUUGCGUUUCUAUUGCAACAUAAAUCCGGGCACUCGAAGAGAGACUUCUGGGAGUCUGAAGCACGGGAGCACAUCUGGUUGAUGGCGGCCUGGGCGCCGCUCGCACCACUUCGGAGAACCGACAUCGAGAAAGUUGUGAAGACUGCAACCGGGGCAAUCAAGAUAACAAGCAAAACUUCAAAAAUUCUAGGCGAUUGCCUCAAGAAUAUGGAUUCUAUCCAUGCAUCCGUACGACAGAUUGCGACAGCUUCAGUCGGGGUAUCCCGAAGCACUCUCGGCAUGGCAGUCAGGUCUUGGGGUAGGUCGUGGAAGCUCCAAGUGUUAUACACGCUAUUAGCCGACGCCAUUUCUCAGGCUGUGGACGAUGGCGUCUUUGCCGACCUACUUGGCGGAUAUUCGAAGUUCAUGGACCACGUGUUUGAUUAG